AUGAUUGAUUUCCUCCUCCGCCACCAGGAGGAGUUGAGGGUCGAGACCGGAAGUAGCUGGCUGGAUGAUGAUUCCAUUAAAGCAAUUAUUCAGGAGAUGGUUGGCGCAGGCUCAAUUACCACUAGAGGCGCCCUCUAUUCCUUCUUCCUCAUCAUCGUGCACAAACCGGAAGUAGCCAGACGAAUACAGGAUGAAAUCGAGGCUGUUGUUGGCUCGUGUCGCUUUCCAUGCCUAGAAGACCGACCUAACAUGCCGUACACAGUGGCCGUCGUCUUUGAACUCCUGCGGUAUAUUUCUCACGUGCCUAUUGGUGUUCCGCGCGUGACGACUACCGACGUCACGUUCCGAGGAUACAUCAUACCAGAAAAAACCAAAGUUAUGGCCAAUAUAUGGCUUAUUCAUCACGACGACAAGAUAUGGGACGACCCCUGGGAGUUCAAACCCCAGAGAUUCCUGAACGAAGAGGGUAACCUGCUUUCGGCUGAUCAUCCUAACAGGAAAAACUUAUUACCAUUCGGCAUAGGGCGAAGAUCGUGUGUGGGAGAAGCCUUCGCUAAGUCCCGUAUGUUCCUCUUCAUCACAACCUUACUCCAGAGAUUCCACUUCACGCGAGAUCCCACGAAACCUCUACCGUCAUGUGACCCUAGGACAUACACAGGCGGUCUGGUUUUCUCACCAUAUCCUUACUAUGUCACAGUUACCAAACGAGAAUAA